AUUGGCAACCAUGCGGGAGACAAUGAGAGUGCCGGCAUUGUAGCAGCCACUCCUGACUGUCUCGCACAAGACGGACGGCAACGCCACAUUGCGAGGACCAGCGGUAUCGGGCAGGUGGCCAUGAUGAUCUUGAGAAGGACGCUGUUAGCUAUAUGCCUUCUGACACGCAACGAAAGUAGACGCGAGAGUGGUGGUGCAAGUAAGAAGGGAAGGGAAUGGAGGAUGGAAUCAGUGAGCUAA